GAGAAACCAUCUUGAGGCAAAAAAUAUUUAGUUUCGGUUAGAAAAUUUUAGUUGUUUACACUCUUUCCAUUUAUUUCAUAGUGGCAAAAUGUUGUUGCUGUUUUGGCUGACGAUAUGUUCCUUGGUGUGUGGCAAUUUUAGUGACUUACGUUUUUCUACUUUUUUAGAGACUCAUGUUGCUGAUCAGGGAGGUAAAGUUCUGAGUGCUCUAAAUGAUGACACUCACGAGACAGAUCAGGUUAAUGAAUUACAAAAGAAAAAUCCCCACCAUAAGAAACAAAAUCAUCAUGGUGGAGACCAACUUAAACAUCGAACCGAAGAGACAGAUCGUGAUCUUCCAUCUGAUACACGAUCUAGCCAAAAUUCGACGAUUGACUUACGUGAAUUCCAUCACCGACUAAGUUACAAUAAGAACGAGGCAUUGUUCUUGACUCCGCUAAUCGAAAAUGGUGAAGCUAAGAGAGCGCGACAGUUUGCAAAAGUCCCUACCAUGAAAGGAGUCGAGAGUUUUGCUGGAUAUCUAACCAUUAACAGUACUACCGGCUCUAAUUUGUUUUUCUGGCUGUUCAAAAAUCAGGAAACUACAUUGGAAGAACGCCCUCUAAUUGUUUGGCUGCACGGUGGAUAUGCGCAAAUGGGUCUGUUCGGUCUCUUCAGAAAUGUUGGGCCUUUUUAUUUAGGCCAAGACAGGAAACUAAAACGCAGGAAAUAUUCAUGGAAUCGAAAAUGCAAUUUGGUUUUCGUCGACAGCCCCGUCGGAGCAGGUUUCAGUUUUACCAAGUUGGAAUCGGGGUAUCCGUCAAGCCUGAAAGUAGUGGCAGAGGAUCUUUACAAAUUUUUGGUUCAGCUUCACAAAUUGUUCCCCUCUUUUAGGCGAAAUGAACUGAUACUCGUCGGUGACUCUUCUGGCACGAAAGUUGCCCAGCUACUCUCACGCAAAAUCUAUGAGGAUAAUCAAAUUUCGGAUAUCAAGCUGAAUUUGAAACGGCUGGUUUUAGUCAGCAAACUCAGGGAUGUGGGUGUAUUGGAGACAAGUAGUGCUUACCUAUUUGCACUAAAACUGGUGGACGAUAAUCAGAGGCAAGAACUAGCUAGACUUGAGGCCAAUCUUCGUGGAGCAGAAUUAUCCGAAAAUGGAACUGAGUCUUUGGCUCUCCAAAUUUUAAUCAGAGAACGCAUCAAGGAAUUCACCGGCCUUAGAGAUACUUUAGAUUCUGUGCAUGACAACAUCGCAGUGUACCAGGCAAAAUUAGCAGUAUGGUUUCUGAGUCAGUCUGCAACAAAGCGGGCCCUUCAUGUGGGAGAAUACAAUCUGACAGAAGUUUCUGCGGAGGCUGUUUCACAUCUGAAACAAAACGGAGGUCUCUUAAUACCUACCAAACCAAUAUUGGAAGAUUUUUUAACCGCUGAAUCGUUGCCAAUUUUGUCUAUGAACGGUCAAUUUGAUACUGCGGGAGUCAUCAGUGGCGGCCUUUAUGACUCUUACAAGUGGCCGCGUGCUGAUGAAUUCUUUAAAGCAAGAAGGUGUCAGUUGAAGUUUAAAGAUGAAGUUGCCGCUUACUAUAAGUCGGCCGGGACUCUUACAGAAGUUGUGAUGCGAAACGCAGGGCAUUUCCUUGCAGCUGCUCACCCCAGGUGGACUUAUGAAAUACUUCACAGAUUCAUCGCUGACGAUAAGUAUUUUCAAUGCACUUAACAAAUGCAGUAUGUCAACGUAAAAUUCUUAACUUUGUGGAAGUUAAAAAUUCGGAUUAGGGCUACCCCAAACAUACAAACAAAAAAUCAAGGAGAAGAAUAUAAUUACAUGAUUUCAAAUCGCAAUUUUAUCUAGCUCCCCGUAAAGUAUUAAUGCCUUACAGUCAGGCUGAUCCCAUUUGAAUACGUCCAUAUUAAAACAGUUCGCGCUAUGAUGUAGAUGGA